AAGCCGGAGGGCGAGUUGCCGUCAGGUUUGGGAAGUGGACCAGACGGGCGCCCAAUGCAGCUUCUCGGCGGACGACUGCUUCGCAUUUCACCGUCUCCAUCCAACCAGCAGCACCUCCAUUACCGUCUGGCGGCGGGGACCUACCCGCUCACCCUGAUUUAAAACGCAUCAUGUUUUGGAAGUUUGACCUACACACAACAUCACACAUUGACACGCUCCUGGAACGUGAGGAUGUUACGCUCUUUGAGCUCAUGGACGAGGAGGAUGUCCUACAAGAAUGCAAAGCCAAUAAUCGCAAGCUGGUGGAAUUCCUGACACGGCCAAGUAGUAUGGAAGCUCUUGUCACUUGCAUCACGAUGGAGCCAUCUGAAGAUAUGGAUGAGAAAGUUCGAUACAAGUACCCUAAUAUAUCCUGUGAGAUCCUGACUGCUGAUGUGACACAGGUUAAUGAUGCACUGGGCGAGGAUGAGUCACUGCUGAGCCGUCUCUAUGCCUUCCUGCAAAAUGACAGUAUACUUAACCCUUUGUUGGCAAGCUUCUUCAGUAAAGUAAUGGGCAUCCUCAUCAACAGGAAGAGCGAACAGAUAGUGGAUUUUCUACGAAACAAGGUUGAUUUUGUAAACUUAUUGUUAAAGCACAUAGGAACCUCGGCCAUUAUGGACCUCCUACUCCGGCUGCUCACGUGUGUGGAGCAGCCUCACCUCAGGCAGGAUGUGUUGAAUUGGCUGAACGAAGAGAAAAUCAUCCAGAGACUCAUCGAGAUGAUCCACCGUUCCAAAGAUGAGGAUCAACACUCUAAUGCGUCUCAGUCUCUGUGUGAUAUUAUCCGGCUAAGCAGAGAACAAAUGAUUCAGAUUCAGGACAGUCCCGAACCAGACCAGUUGUUGGCCACACUUGAGAAACAGGAGACCAUUGAGCAGCUUCUUAAUAACAUGUUUGAUGUCGAGAAGGACGAGUCAGUGAUCAUUAAUGGGAUCCAGGUACUGCUGACACUGUUGGAGACACGUAGGCCUCGGUCUGAUCUGGGUGGUAUGGGUGGCCUUUUCUGUAACCUCGAUGGCCAGUUGGAUCUGUGCCCCCCUGGAAUGGACCACGCGUGCAGUCAGGUCAGCGCCGGGACACUACUCGCCAUCAAAUUAAGACUACGGGAUUUCCAUCAACUCCUCCUCGACCCACCAAAGAAGAAUAAAAUGGUGACUACCUGGGGUACCCUGGACCCACCUUUAGGGAACACACGGGUUCAUGUUGUCAAACUCAUCACCAGUGUCUUGCAAGUGAACAAUAGUGAAGUGAACCAGGAGUUGAUGGAGUUGAACACGCUGGAUGUUCUUCUUGAUCUCUACUUCAAGUAUGUGUGGAAUAACUUCCUCCAUUUGCAAGUGGAGCUGUGUAUUAGCACAGCAUUGGGGAACCCGCCAGCAGAAGAUUGCACUGAAACCAAUGUGGAAAAUCACACCGAAAACAGCACUGAGUCCCCCCGCCAGAAUCCACUCAUCAAACAUCUGUUUCAGAAGUGCCGGUUGUUGCACCGAGUGGUGUCGGCCUGGGAAGAAAAUGAACGAGUGCAGUCGGAAGGUGGCAGGCGGAAAGGCUACAUGGGCCAUUUAACAAGAAUAGCAAACGCCAUGGCACAAAAUGCAGAAAACGGUCCUAACCACACUUCAAUAGCACAGAUGAUCAAAGAACUGCCAGAUGAAGAGAGGGAGCGAUGGGACAAGUUUGUUCUGGGAUCACUCUCUGAAAUGAACAAGAAAAACACUGUUGAUCUGGUAAAUAUGCGGAACCUGCACUCCUCGAGUGACGACGAUGAGAAUGAUCUAAAAGAGUUCAGCUUCCCGCAAGAGGCUGUUCUUCAGCAGGCAUUCUCAGACUACCAGAUCCAGCAAAUGACUUCCACCUUCAUCGAUCAGUUUGGCUUUAACGAUGAGGAAUUUGCCGAACAGGAGGAAAGUGUGAAUUCCCCAUUUGAGAGGGCAGCUAACAUCAGCUUUGUUUUUGACGCCAACAGUGACAGUCCCAACACAAAUCUGUUUGAGGAGUGUUGGAAGGAGCGGAUACGGCAGUUUAACGAUGAUGAAGGCUCAGACGAAGAUGACGUUUGGCAAGAAAAGGAUCUGCGUUUUGCAACAGAUGCACCACGUGCGCCACGAAGCUCUGGCAGUACAGACAGUGAAGGAAGCAGAGACUCCGAAGAGGAGGAUGAUGAGGAUGGGGGGCAGAGCACCACAAAGCCCACAGAAGAGAAGGCAGACUUGGAUCCUCAUAAAGAAGCUGGUUGGACAGCGAACUUUGAUGCUGUGCCUAUGGCAAAUACAGAUGCCAGUCAGAGUGUUGCAGAUGCUGGAUUUAGUGCGUGGGACAACACUGAGCCAGCUACGUCACCACCCCCGAUAGAAGGAUGGGCAGUGUUUGCCAGUUUUGCCUCCCAAGCAGGGCCCUCUGGACGUUUGCGAACAAACUCUCCCGUAUCUAUGGAAACAAAUUCUGCUCCUAUGGAUGAGCUCCAGAGUAGUGGUGAUGGACACAGCAAAACAGCAGUUGAAACAAAGGCUCCAGUUGCACCAAGCAGCGAAGAGAGCGAAAAGGUGCCAGAUGCCAAUGCAAAGACGCAUACAACAUCGCAUGUGGGUACAGAGAAAGCUGAUAUGGUGGACAAUGUGAUGGUUCUGAAUGGCUCCAUGCCCGAAGCUGUCCGUCCCUCUGACGUGAAAAGUCCGGAAGUUAAAACACGCACAAGCGAGGAAGCAUCCUUAACUACCUCUGAAGUUGGACCUACAGCAGGACAUGUACAGGAAGGCUCUGAAGCUCCAAAAGCCAGUCCAGUUCCCCAAGCUUCAGAAUCUGUACGGCAAGAACAGAGGUAACACCACAGAGAACGACAAGGAAAGUGCUUCUCGGUGCAUCCCUGAAUGGAAACCCCCCUCCUCUCCUCCGCCUCCUCCCGGAUUGUCCCAGUCCGGGUGCGGGAGCUGGUCUCUUCACUCUCUGCUGAUCGGCUGGGCAUUGCCGUGAGAGCCAUCAAGACUUCACCUUCCCGGGGGAAAAUCUCUGGGCUGCACUGAUUCGACAAAGAUUG